GCCCGCUUGACGUAAUUUACCGGCGCCGGUGUCUGAGCUGCGGCAAGCGUGUGACCUUCUUAUUCAAUUCUACUCUACAGCGGGUUACAGUCGUGCUGUUUUCAGCUGAGCCACACAAUACAAGCAAUUCAAUAAGACAAGAAAUCUGUUUCAAAGAGAGACAUGGGUGACGCCGCAAAGGGAAAGAAAGUGUUCGUCCAGAAGUGCGCGCAGUGUCACACGGUGGAAAAAGAUGGAAAGCACAAGGUCGGCCCAAACCUCUGGGGCCUGUUCGGGCGCAAGACGGGCCAGGCCGUGGGCUAUUCAUACACGGAGGCCAACAAGAGCAAAGGCAUCACCUGGUCAGAUGACACACUAAACAAGUAUCUGGAAAACCCCAAGAAGUACAUUCCAGGGACAAAGAUGAUCUUCGCCGGCAUCAAGAAGAAGGGAGAACGAGCUGAUCUAGUUGCCUAUUUGAAGUCCGCCACCUCUUAGGAGAUGCCUUGGUCUUAAUUUAUCUGUACACUUGAUGUUUACUUAAUCUUUCAGCAAGACACGUCCAACAGUUUUUUUUUUUUUGUUUUUGUUUAAAUCUUUCAGGAAAGACCAGGUCCAGCCAUUCUUGCUGUUUUUAAAUAGGACCCAUUUGCCUUAAGCCUGUUGCCAGGAAUUCAAGUGGAAAAACUUUGUGCCAUCAUUUCAAUUUAUGGUGUUAACUUCUUGCAGUCGCUGGCUAGAAACCAGUGUGCAGCUUUGAACGGUCGUCAAAGUGGUUUUUACAGGUCCAGCGAUGUCUCCUGUUUUGAUGGAGAAAACGUAUCUCCUGGUUUCACAGGUGCUAUAUACAACUUAAAUUAUUCACUGUGCAAGCGCCUGUGUUUCUACGGGGCACAGGGUGAUUGACAGUAGCUGUAAAUACACAAGCUGUGAUGUAUCUGAAGGAAUGUCACUAGAGAGUGAGAAUUUUGUAAGUUUAUUUUCUUUUGUUCGGUGAUUGCGAAUGCGUUUGGUCUGUGGUUGCACGUUACCGUCUUACUGGAAUGGCAGCCUGGGUUGGCAAGAAAACGCCAUUUUUUUAGUGAAACCGUUGGAUUACAUGUCAGAAUUCAACUGGACUGUUAUUUAACAUGUACUGGAGCUUUUCACUUGAAGUUUCUUUUUAACUGAUCCAUAGUCUUAAGGUCCAACUUGAUCUUGGCCUUUGAUGGCUGACAACAAUACCCUUCUGGACAUGAUUUGCUGAUAUACUUGCAUGAAAAAUACCUCUGUAUUUACUGCCAUGCAUUAAAUUACUGAUUUGAAAUCA